GGCCCUGCGAGCAGAGCCAAGAUGGCGUCCGAGUUGGAGUACGAGUCUGUACUGUGUGUGAAGCCUGACGUCAGCGUCUACCGGAUUCCUCCUCGGGCCUCCAACCGCGGUUACAGGGCAUCUGACUGGAAAUUAGAUCAACCCGAUUGGACUGGUCGCCUCCGAAUCACUUCGAAAGGGAAGGUUGCUUAUAUCAAACUCGAGGAUAAAGUUUCAGGGGAACUCUUUGCUCAGGCACCAGUAGAACAGUAUCCUGGUAUUGCCGUGGAGACAGUGACCGAUUCCAGCCGCUACUUUGUAAUCCGGAUCCAGGAUGGAACUGGGCGAAGCGCUUUCAUUGGCAUUGGCUUCUCAGAUCGGGGUGAUGCCUUUGACUUCAAUGUCUCUCUGCAAGAUCACUUCAAGUGGGUAAAACAGGAAUCUGAGAUUUCCAAAGAAUCUCAGGAAAUGGAUAGUCGUCCCAAGUUGGAUCUGGGCUUCAAGGAAGGGCAGACCAUCAAGUUGAGUAUUGGGAACAUUACAACCAAGAAAGGAGGCGCUUCUAAGCCCAAGACUGCAGGGACUGGGGGCCUCAGCUUACUCCCACCCCCACCUGGAGGCAAAGUCACAAUUCCCCCUCCAUCCUCCUCAGUUGCCAUCAGCAAUCAUGUCACUCCACCACCCAUACCAAAAUCCAGUCAUGGAGGUAGUGAUGCAGGUAUCCUUCUAGAUUUGGAUUCUCCUGCUCCUAUCACGACACCAGCACCAGCUCCAGUUUCUGCAAGCAAUGACUUGUGGGGAGACUUUAGCACUGCAUCCAGCUCUGUUCCAAACCAGGCACCACAGCCAUCCAAUUGGGUCCAGUUCUGAAGAGCACUGGCAGGAUAUUCAAGAGAGACGUGAAGAAUAACAAUGGCUUUGAGGGCACCAAUCUGAGAGGGGGGUCUCGGAGCCGCUUCCCUCCCCAGAACCAAAAUCCUGGACAAUCGUUCUCAUAGCUUCUCCAUUGCAUUGAGGCUGGUGGUGUCACCCCCCUGUGCUGUUCCUUGGAGUGCAGCCAAGAAAGUAUUUCCCGGCUCCUGUUCCCUGUCAAGGCAGGGAAGUAGUGGGUCUUAAUGAUGCUUGUGGCUGGCUCUACAGGGCUCAAAAGGCCAGGGUCUCAGAGGGGAAAUAGUCCCUACCAUCUCUAAAAACUUUUCCCAUCUUUAAAUUUGUAUUUCAGAAUCAUCUCAAGACCCUGGCGUGCCUCUUUGUGAAGCCCUUUCUAGCAAUUUCAGGGGAGACAAAAACCUUGGAACUUCUUUUCCAUUAUCCGAAGACUCUAAAAAUGGACAGACUGACCUCAGUGUUUACAGAUUCAGAAUUUUGAUAGGGGGUAGGUGUGAAGAAAGACCUGUGUCCUGGGUCUCUGCUGUGUACCCUCCCCCAUGCUUGUCCUGUUGAGUGAACAUCCAGUGUGGGUGCAGCCCCCUUACCCUCUAGCACGUUUACACGUUCCUUCCUGUGAUAAGAGGGUUGUGUUGGUGGCGCUUCCACUCUUGUGUCUCAAAUAGUACAGCAUCUUUGAUCAGUGGUUGUCUUUUGGAUGAAGGAGGCUCAAGGGGCUGUGUUUUCCUAGUUAUAUUCUAGAGAAGCAGUCACUUUCUUGCAGCUCCAUCUUGCUGCUGCCUCUGAAGCCUGGCGUUACUUUGUAAUGGCCCCAUUAUUUGACUGAAAGAUUAAAGGGUUUGGGGUUUUUAACCUCAUUUGUAGAGUAGAGAGGUUGAAUGCACUUAACAGUUGAUCAGUACCCACAUUGCCUUGCUGCCUGGGUAUCUGGCCCCUUCUGAUAAACACUUUACUUUGUGAAUCCACCAGCUCUUCAGCAGCAAGCUGCUAUAUUACAUGUAUUGUCAUUGAUGAAGGAAGCUGGAGAGCCAUGGCUUUAGCUGUGAUAGAUUUUGCCCGGAUGAGGGCUGUGAUUCUUGUCACCAGGGGUAUGUCAGAAGCAAGUAGCUCCCCUGCCACUUUCCCUCUGUCCGCCCACCAUUCCUUUUACAACGCUGUGAAGGGGUCCCGCUCUUCGGUGAACGGGCUCCAGCUAUCUGAUUUGUCAAGGGGCGAUUUUGAGAGUGAAUGUGAGGAUCUCACCUCUUCCCUUAGUACCUGUUUGGAUAUUACUGGCUGAAGGGAGUCCUUACGUUUAGUUUUUAAAUAGAUUCUCUCUCUUAGAUUUCCUUCUUGACUCUUUUUUAACUCUGGGUCCAUUUUGUUUUCAUUGCUUCCCGUUCCAGGCAGCUCUAUUCUUACAGAGCCAUGGCAGGACAUUUAAAAAUUCCAAUAGACAACACUAGAAGGAAAGUCUAUAGCAUCACUAGUGACUAAUAACUACUGGGAACCUAUUUUCUCAAUCUUCCUGUAUGUUGUGUUCUUUGUAUUCUUAAGAUGAUAAUAUAUUAUGUAUUUGAAUUGCUGAAAAAUUGAAAAUGAUGUUUAAGAUAUAUGUAUAUAAAGCAUAUGUAUGCUGUAU